AAGAGGAAGUUAGGGGAGGGUCCUAGCUGGGAGUGAACCGGAACCGUAAGCGCUUCUCUCGGCCAGGCGGAACCUGCUCCGCUGGGCCUGGUGGGCCGCCAAAGUUCCUUCUAUUCCCGCUUCGAGCGUCGUCGCGGCCAAGCGCCUCGCCUUCCUCGCCCUCCUCGCCCUCCUCGCCGGCUUGGCGCGGCCCUGUCUGCCUCUCGCCGGGCGCUCUCCGCUGGCUGCUGUCCACCGCCCCCUCGUCUGGUGCCCGCCCCGCCGCAGCGAUGUGCGACAAGGAGUUCAUGUGGGCCCUGAAGAACGGAGACUUGGACGAGGUGAAAGACUAUGUGGCCAAGGGAGAAGAUGUCAACAGGACGCUGGAAGGUGGAAGGAAGCCUCUUCAUUACGCAGCCGACUGCGGGCAGCUGGAGAUCCUGGAGUUCCUGCUGCUGAAAGGAGCAGAUAUCAACGCUCCAGAUAAACAUCAUAUUACUCCUCUCCUGUCUGCUGUCUAUGAAGGUCAUGUUUCCUGCGUGAAAUUGCUUCUGUCAAAGGGUGCUGAUAAGACUGUGAAGGGUCCGGACGGCCUGACCGCGCUCGAAGCCACUGACAACCAGGCAAUCAAAGCCCUUCUGCAGUGAUGGACGGACGGGCUGCUGACUCGGGACGAUGCCUCUCCUGUGGCCUCACACUGCUGCCUGUCUGUCUGUCACUCUAUCUGCCAGCUUCUCCAGCUAAAUACUUUACGAGGGGUGAGGGGAGAGAGAAAUUCUAACCAGUCAGACUACCAGAAAAGAAUAAAAAGAAGUGAUGUUUUGGAGGAGAGGGAAGAAGGCGUGAUCAGGCUUUUCUAGAGUUCCUGAUCAAGUCAACCUCUUCUCCCUCUCUAAUGAACUACACAGCUUAGAACCCCAGGGAGAGCAAAGACAAAACACACCAGAAACAUUGGAUCUUUUCAGCUCCCUAGCUAGCUUGUUCAUUAGUUUGUGUUGAAGGUGUACUUCCACAAAGGCCAACUCUACAUAUUUGGUAGCCCUAGCUGCAAGCAGUAGUGGCUGCUGCGAUGUAAACUUAGGGUGCUGAGAUAAGCAAUUAGCUCCAGCCUUCUGCCUUAAGAAUGCACUCUCCUGGGGAUCCCUGGCAGUUCCGAGCGCCGCCUUCGGUUAGUGACCAAAUCAUUCCUCGGUGAGCUCCAACUCUUGGUGGAAGCUCAGUGAAGAUGAGGAGGGGCGCACUCCUAAAUUGCUGGAUGACUGAACUUUGGGUUUUCUCUCCCGUCACGUGGAUUUCAUGUCUCUCUAGGUGAAACUGACUAGUUUUAUUUAUAACUUAAAUUUUAGCAGUCUAAAGGAGAAAUCAUUCCAGUAUGCAUAUUUUUUCUCCCUUAGAUUCAGACGUUUAUAUAACAUUGAAACACUUUGAAACUCUUGCUGGUAGUAAAAGGGGAUUUAAAAAUAGAAUCAUAGCCAUAAGUGUGUUAGCAUCAUAUGAAGAAGCGGUUGUCUUCGUACUGUACGGAUUUUCUUCCUUUCCUAUUCGAAUGGCGUGACCUCAAUUACUUUGUAAAAUUAAGGGACAUUCUUGGGAAUGCCUCACUCAGAACUGUCCCGGAUGCUGAUGAGUUAGUGUACCAAAGCUAUCCCUGGGGUGAGGUUUACCAUGUGGACAAAUUUAACCCCAUCCCUACAAAGUGUGCUUGGAACCAGCUUUCCCUGAAUUGGUGGUAGACUUCUGAACAUAUGCCAA